GUUCUGAAGGUUGGAUUCUGUUUGCCUUGUAGGCGGGGGAGAGCGUCCUUGAGUAGGCGAUGUCUUACUCAGACCUGAGGGGAAGAGACUUGGGCUCGAGUGUGGGGGUAUACCAUCGGUUGGUGAUGAUAACGUUGGGCUCUAAAGGAAGGAGAUCCUGACAGGGCGAAACCAUUUUGUCUGGAGAGGAAGGAAGCGGGAGUUUGCGUCAUGGUUGGGGGGGGGGAACCUUUGAGAGGGCAAUACCAUUAUCCAGUGGGAGGUGGGAUGUUUAUGAGAGGUAGCACUAUGCCAAGGAACUGGGGAAAGACCCCCCGGAUGUGUUCAUGGGAGGUAGAGAGCCUGUGCCACGGGUGGUAGGGGAUCCUAAGAGGGGGCGGUACCAUUGGAUGAUUAGGGUUGAUCGCAUUAGGCCAAGAAGGCCCUGAAUGGGUGAUACCAUUACUCCCUUAUUGUGGGGAGGACCAGAGGAAGUAAAUGAUACCUUAGAGCUGCGUGGAAGGGAGAUCACUGGACUUUUGGGAGAUACUCUGACCACUUGAUUCCUUUCUUGGGACUCUCAGACUGUGUGAAAUAUAACAUUGUAUCAUGAGUAGGACUUUCUUGAGAGUUCCUCUCUGUGGGGAGACUUUGAAAGGGAGAAAUGCUGAGUCCCAGGGGUGGAAGGGAGGAACUGAGAUCAUUGGGUCCUGAAUGAGGAUGCUAUUCGGGGAUGCUUAGUAAGAGUAAUCAAGCUGGCCCAUGCAAGGACUUUCACUUGAGAGGCCCUGAAGGGUGUAGGGUCAUUCCAUUGGAUCAUGAUUGGUGAGAUCUUGUGAGAGGUGGAGAGGGGGCUUGAGUAAGAAAGAUUGAUUCCACUUGGUCAUGUGUGAGAGAAAACCACUGGGUUCUUUUGGGGAAGGAUUUCAGGGGGUAGAGGAAAGGGUGUUCCAGUUGGAUUAGGACUUAAACGAGACCAGUCACUGGGUCCUGGGGAGGACAGGGGAAAGACCUCGAGCAGACCACCCGAGGGAGAGAAGUGGAGGCUAGUACUUUGAGAGGGAGAGAAAGGUCCUGGUGAGGUAGGUGACAGUGAGUGGGUCUAAGAUAAACUAGCCUCAGGGCUCACCUGGGCUGGUAGAGAGAAGUGUGCUGUUUGGAAUGGCCCAUAUUUCACUUUCCCUUGAUUCUUGAAGGGUGUCUAGACAUGUUUUGUGAAUUGUGAGAGUAGCAGAGCUCUAAGAGGCAUCCUAGUGCAAUGGAAGUUGGGGAGAAUACCAGACACUCUUCCUUUGGGAAAGAGGUAGGAAGGCAGUCUUCUGUUGCAUGCCUUCCGGGGCUUCUAAUCUUGUUAGGACAGUGUUCAGUGUGUGAAGAGGUCAGCCAGGAUGAGGAGGAGGAACUUCAUUCCGUGGGCUCAGCUCCUGGAACUCCGGACGAACAACUACCAGCUUUCAGAUGAACUACGCAAGAGUGGUGUUGAACUUGCCAGUCUUCGACAGAAGGUCGCCUACCUGGAUAAGGAGUUCAGUAAAGCUCAGAAGGCACUGAGCAAGAGCAAGAAAGCUCAGGAAGUUGAGGUACUGCUGAGUGAAAAUGAGAUGCUUCAGGCAAAGCUGCACAGCCAGGAAGAAGACUUCCGUUUGCAGAACAGCACACUUAUGGCCGAAUUCAGCAAGCUCUGCAACCAGAUUGAGCAGCUGGAGCAGGAGAAUCAGCAACUGAAGGAAGGAGCUACUGGAGCAGGGGCCGUCCAAGCUGGCCCCCAUGUGAAUGGGGAGCUAUUGAGACUGCAAGCAGAGAACACAGCCUUACAGAAGAAUGUGGCAGCCCUGCAGGAGCGCUAUGGAAAAGAGGCUGUGAAGUUCUCAAUUGUCAGUGAAGGCCAAGGGGACCCUGCAGGGAGCCUGGACCCCACUGUCCAUACCCCCAUGCCAUUGGCAGAGGUAGAGCUGAAAUGGGAAAUGGAGAAAGAGGAAAAGAGAUUGCUCUGGGAGCAGCUGCAAGGCUUGGAGAGCUCAAAGCAGGCUGAAACGUCGAGGCUGCAGGAGGAACUUGCUAAGCUCUCUGAGAAACUCAAAAAGAAACAAGAAAGUUUUUGCCAUCUGCAGUCAGAAAAGGAGGCACUAUUUAAUGACAGCAGGAACAAGAUCGAGGAGUUGCAACAGCGGAAGGAAGCAGAACUCAAAGCCCAAUUGGCUUGCACCCAGAAGCUACAGCAGGAACUUGAGGCUGCCAAUCAAAGUUUGGCAGAGCUAAGAGAUCAGCGGCAGGGGGAGCGCCUGGAGCAUGCAGCAGCUUUGCGGGCCCUACAGGAUCAGGUGUCUAUCCAGAGUGCAGAUGCGCAGGAACAAGUGGAAGGGCUGUUGGCUGAGAAUAAUGCCUUGAGGACUAGCCUGGCUGCCCUGGAGCAGAUCCAAACAGCAAAGACACAAGAACUGAAUGUACUCCGGGAACAGACCACUGGGCUGACAGCUGAGUUACAGCAACGGCAGGCUGAGUACGAAGAUCUUAUGGGACAGAAAGAUGACCUCAACUCCCAGCUCCAGGAGUCACUACGAGCCAAUAGUCGGUUGCUGGAACAACUUCAGGAAAUAGGUCAGGAGAAGGAGCAGUUGACCCAGGAACUCCAGGAGGCUCGUAAGAGUGCUGAGAAGCGGAAGGCCAUGCUAGAUGAGCUAGCAAUGGAAACACUGCAGGAGAAGUCUCAGCACAAGGAAGAGCUGGGCACAGUCCGACUCCGGCAUGAGAAGGAGGUGCUAGGGGUGCGUGCCCGCUAUGAGCGUGAGCUCCGAGAACUGCAUGAGGACAAGAAACGACAGGAGGAGGAGCUCCGUGGGCAGAUCCGGGAAGAGAAGGCCCGGACACGGGAGCUGGAAAAUCUCCAGCAGACAGUAGAAGAACUUCAAGCUCAGGUGCAUUCCAUGGAUGGAGCCAAGGGCUGGUUUGAACGUCGCUUGAAGGAAGCUGAGGAAUCCUUGCAGCAGCAACAGCAGGAACAAGAGGAAACCCUUAAGCAAUGCCGGGAACAGCAUGCUGCUGAGCUGAAGGGCAAGGAGGAGGAGCUAAAGAGUGUGCGGGAUCAGCUCCAGCAAGCCCAGGAGGAGCGAGAUGACCAUCUGAAGACCAUCACCAGCCUGAAGCAGGAGGUAAAGGACACAGUGGAUGGGCAGCGGAUCCUGGAGAAGAAGGGCAGUGCUGGGCUCAAGGAUCUCAAGCGGCAGCUGCACCUGGAGCGGAAACGGGCUGACAAACUGCAGGAGCGGCUGCAGGACAUCCUCACUAACAGCAAGAGCCGCUCAGGCCUUGAGGAGCUGGUUCUCUCUGAAAUGAAUUCACCAAGCCGGACCCAGACAGGGGACAGCAGUAGCAUCUCCUCCUUCAGCUACCGGGAGAUCUUACGGGAGAAGGAGAGCUCAGCUGCGCCAGCCAGGCCUCUCCCCAAGCUCAUCAAUUUGGCUUCAUAUUGCUACAUGGGGAACAGCGAAUCAUUCUCUCUCUGUGGCCCUAUUUCAUCGUCUGCAGGCUCAUUCUCCCUUUCCUGGCACCUUCAAUCCUUAUCCAGCAGCCCUCAGGCCCAGCCCCCUCGGCCAGCAGAGCUGUCAGACGAGGAAGUGGCUGAGCUCUUUCAGCGCCUGGCAGAGACGCAGCAGGAGAAAUGGAUGCUGGAAGAGAAGGUAAAACACCUGGAGGUGAGCAGCGCCUCCAUGGCAGAGGACCUUUGCCGGAAGAGUGCCAUCAUUGAGACCUAUGUCAUGGACAGCCGCAUUGGUCAGUGCCCCCUCCCCAGCCCUCACCCCUGCUCCCGCCUUCACCUACCCUACCCCCUUGUAUGCUGCUGUGCUGUGGUUUUUCUCCUCUUGGAACUCAAGAAAGCUACUGACAAGACCACAACCCCUGUAGGGAAGAGCAGAGGAGCUCUGUCUUUAUCUCGCCUCCUCUUUCUCUCUGUGGCUCUGUCCUCUCUCCACUCUCCAUUCUCUAGUGGGUUCCCUGGCCUUCUCCAUCUCUUUUAUUCCUCCUCCUCCUUUUCCCCUCUCCUCUUUCUCCCUCCCUCUGUCUUCUCCCUGUGUCUCUUUUCCUGCCUCUCUUUCAUUCUCUCUCACUGGCUAUAUUGUUUUCUCUCUGUGUAUUUUUUUUCCUUGUAUCUUUAUUCCUUUUGGGGUCCUAUCACUUCUCCUUGCCCCUCUCUUCCUCUCCUACCCAUCUUCCAUAUUAUUUUCCCUUUUCUCUCUCCUCCCUGUUCUUAUCUCUUUUGUGCCUUUCUUUGAAACCUCCUCACAGAUUUUUCUUUAUUAACCUGAACAAUAUCCACUGACAUGUGCUGAGGAUUUACUGUGUGCUGUGUGCUUUGUAUGCAGUCAGUCAUAUGCAUUUUUCAGCCAUAUGAGCUAGGUAUUGUCCCUAUUUCUCAGGACUGUAUGGCUAUUAAGGGAUAGAGCUGAGUUUCACAUGUUGAAGCCUGCACCUCCUACAUAACAUGGCUUCUCUCCUUCCCUCUCUCCUGCUCUUUGUUUCCCUCUUUUCUCUUCUGGCUCUGCCCAUCUCUCCUCUGGCUCUGCCGAGGGGGUGGUGCUCAGCCUGGGCCCUUGCAGAUGUGUCUGUGGCAGCAGGCCACACAGACCGCAGUGGGCUGGGCAGCGUCCUGAGAGACCUAGUGAAGCCCGGCGAUGAGAACCUUCGGGAGAUGAACAAGAAGCUGCAGAACAUGCUGGAGGAACAGCUCACCAAGAAUAUGCACUUGCAUAA